UGAGCAGUUCAUAUAGAAGAGAUUAUAUUUAUUGUAUAAACAAUUGAUUAAUUCAAUAAAUUUUCCGGCUUAUUUUACAAAAAUGGAGCAGAAUUCCGAUAAUCACGAUGAAUUGACUAUAAAGCAACAGAAGGAAAUCGAAAAGGAGAUCAAUGAGCAGUUUGCAUUAAUCAGUGAAAAAAUUCCAAUUGAAAUCUUAAACGAUGAAUAUGCUGAUGAUCCAGUGUAUAGGCAAAAAGUUCAGGAUAUUUCAUCCAAGUACAGGUACAUGCGUAAGAUUCGUCCUGACGGUAACUGUUUUUAUCGUGCAUUUGGAUUCACUACAUUAGAGUAUUUGAUUAAAAACAAGGAAGAAUUUAAGAAAUUUCGUCAAGUAAUUGAACAGUCUAAAGCAAAGUUAAUUGAAUUAAACUUUCCACAGUUUACGAUUGAUGAUUUUUAUGACACUAUCAUGGAAGUUAUAAAUAAAGUUGAGCCAUCAGACACACAAGACGUAAACAAGGUUCUCGACGAACUCUAUAAACUGUUUAAUGAACAGGCUUACAGUGAUUAUAUUGUCGUGUAUUUGCGACUAAUAACGUCAGGGAAACUUCAAGAAGAAGCAGAGUUCUAUUCAAAUUUCAUUGAAGGCAAUUAUACAAGUUUACUAGAUUUUUGCAAGAAGGAAGUGGAACCAAUGUAUAAGGAAAGUGAUCAUAUUCACAUAAUUGCUAUUUGUGCUGCUCUCGGCUGUGCUGUUAGAGUUGUAUAUAUGGAUCGUGGAAGUCAAUCUGAAGUAAUUGCUCAUGACUUUCCUGAUUGCCCAGACAACAAUCCAUCAGUUUCCUUAUUAUAUCGACCCAACCAUUACGAUGUUCUUUAUCAAUAAAUAAUCUAUAUAAUUAGGCUUGUAACCAUCACAAUUUCUCUUUGCAAAAAAAAAACCUGGCUAUUGAACUCUUUAAAAUACAUUAACAUUUUCUGAAAUUAAUCAUAUCAUAUCGUUUUUCAUAAAGAUAAACGACAUGUUAAUAAUUUCAGUCACAAAAUAAAUUGAAAUGUAUAAAAACUUGAUUAAUACACGUGCUGUGCUCAGCAAUGAUCAAUUGUCAAUUCGUCUGUAAAGAGAAAUAAGCCAAAAUGCUGUAAAAUUGCAAUUUGUGUGAAAAUAUAGUUAUGUGUCCUUUUAUUUAUUACAAAUAUGAAUAUGUAAUGGAAAUUUCAUGAUUUUUUGCAUUGAAUUUUUAAAACAUUUAAUUUUUUUACGUUAGCUUAUAAAUUCAUUUAAUCUCAACGGCAUGCUUUUUAAUGUGUAUUUCCUGGAGAUUAAGGAUAGAUGGUCUGAAUCAUGUUUAAAGUACUUUUUUUGAAUUUAUCUAUGCCUGUUUGGCAGUUAUCUUAAAAAUUAGCAAAACUUAUCCAAACUUCAAUCCAGAGAAUUUCACACUUAAUUGUCAAAUCCACAAUUAAAGCUAAUGUUUG